UCCCGGGUGCGCGUCCCCGGAUCCUCGAUGCACCGACGGCGGACGCGGCGCGACACGCGGCCCGAACCCGGAGCGCCGCUUUGUUCCAGGAGUCGGGCUUCCCCACAACGCCGAUCGAUGCAAGGUGUGCGUGCGCGCUGCAAUUGAAGGGCCCUGCGAAGAGCCACCUACUUUUCGGGGCUGCACCAGGUGACCGCGCCAUGUUUCGGGCCACGAUGUGGGCAGGACUGCGUGCGGCUUCUCGGACUCGGUGGGUCAAGGCGUGCGCGUUUGUUGUGGCAGUGCACGCGGCGCUGUCGCCCCUCCACUUGCACUGCUGUCAGUGGUGACAUGGGCGAGGAGGCGUGGCUGGUCGUCGCGACCUGCCUGCUGGCGGUCGCCGACGGCUUCGUGACCCAGGUCGACCACACGCACAACCGUCCGGGCCUGCGGGUGUUUGCCCUGAAACCGGCCGGCGACGCGCCCUGGACGUACGAUCUCCGCGCGGAGCACGCGGAUGACGCCCGCCUCUUUCGGAUCGACGCGGCCAGCGGUGACGUGCUCCUGCGGCACGCCGUCGACUGUGAGACUCUAUCCACGAACCCAGUGUUGGUAAGGUUACGCGCCAACGGCCCGUCGUCAUCCACCGAGCUGCCGCUGCGGGUGCGUUUCGCGGACUGCGCGGUGACGAGUCCUCUCGAAGACGAGACGGACAGCGUGCUGGUGUCUCUCAGGGACGUCGGCGACGAGUGCUUCGUGCGGAGCCAACCGAUCGCGAGACUCGGGGACCUACUGCCGGUCCAGUUCGAUAACGUGACUUUCGGGCGUCCGUCCAGCCAAUGUUGUGCCAUCGAAAACGUCGCCGGGGACCUGGUGGCGCGGAGGGACUCGUGUGGGCCCCUGUCGGAGACCGUGAGGGCCACGGUGCGGUUCGGCGACGGCGGGAGCCUCCGAUUGGCGGUGAGCUCGGAGAGGCGCCGUACGCGGAGGCAGGCGCCCCACUUCGAGCGCGGCCUGUACAUCGCCUCCGUGCCGGAGGGCCGGGACCGGGGCUACGUGGUGGAAACGGUGAGCGCGACGUCGGCCGUCUCGGGGGACCUGUCGUACUCGCUGCACGCCGUGCUGGACGCCCGCAGCCAGGCCAUGUUCAGCAUCGACCCGCUGUCAGGGGUGGUGACCACCACGACAGUGCUUGACCGCGAGUUCAUCGAGGUGCACUACCUGCGCGUCGUGGCCGUGGACGGGGCCACCCAGCCACCCUCGACGGCCACUAGCACGCUCCAGGUGAAUGUCCUGGACGAGAACGACCAUGCCCCCACCUUUGAGCAAGCCACCUAUGAGGCCUCCAUCAGGGAGUCCGUCCCCACCGGAUUCACGGUCCUCACGGUCAGGGCAACGGACCAGGACACGGGCUCCAAUGCCAACGUCGACUACUCCAUCCUCAAUCCGGACGGGACCAAUGGUGCUUUCGGUAUCGACUCUAAGAGCGGAAUCAUCACAACGCGCUCGUCCCUCGACAGGGAGCUGACCUCCUUUUACGCGCUCGUCGUCCAGGCGACGGACUCCGGGCCCGUGACAGACCGAAAGUCCGCCUCUGCCACGGUCCAAAUCACUGUCCUGGAUGAGAACGACAACUACCCACAGUUUUCGGAGCGGUCCUACUCGGUGAAGGUCUCCGAAGAUGUCAACUGGCUCAACCACCCCGAAGUGGCACGCAUCCGUGCCACAGAUUCUGACCAGGGUGCCAACGCCGCCCUGCGUUACAGCCUGAUUGGUGGCAACACCCAAGGCCACUUUGCCAUGGACAGCCUCACGGGGUCCGUGACCGUCCUGUCUCCACUGGACUACGAGUCAGCACGGAGCUACCGCCUGGUAGUCAGAGUCCAGGACGGUGGCACACCGUCGCGCUCCAACACCACACAGCUCCUCGUUAAUGUGCUGGACAUAAACGACAACGACCCUAAGUUCUACACGUCGCUCUUCCACGAGACAGUCCCCGAAAACGUUCCCGUGGGCCACAGUAUUGUGCGGGUGCAGGCCUAUGAUGCGGACGAUGGCGCAAAUGCCGAGAUCUCGUACACGCUGUCUUCGUCGGAGCGUCCGGACUUGCCGCUGAACGUGGACGACGUGACGGGCUGGGUGUCCACGACCCGACAGCUGGACAGGGAGGAGAGUGCCAGCUUCAACUUCCAGGUCGUCGCGCGGGACCACGGGACUCCUUCGCGCUCUGCCACAGCCAGCAUCCUGCUCCGGGUUCAAGACGUGAACGACAACGACCCCGUAUUUGAGCCGCGAACGUACGAAGCGACCGUCUCGGAGGCCGACCCCCCCGGCACCCCCGUGGUGAGCGUGACCGCGUCCGACCGGGAUGAGCAUUCCCGCCUCGUGUACCAGAUCGCAAGUGGCAACACCAGGGAACGCUUCGGCAUCGUGAGCCACAACCGGCAGGCCGUGGUCUCGGUCGCCCAGCCGCUCGACUACAAGCUGGAGCGGCGGUUCGUGCUGGUCGUGACUGCCACUGACUCGGGAGGGCGCUCAGACUCUGCUACCGUCUACCUGAAUGUGAGCGACGCCAACACACACCGGCCGACGUUCGAGCGUACGCCGUACACGGCCAGCAUCCCUGAGGACGUGCCUGUGGGCACGACCGUGCUGGUGGUGGAGGCGCGCGACGGCGACGUGGGGCGCAACGCCCUGGUAACCUACACCCUAGAGGAGGACGUGCCUGAGUUCCGCAUGGACCCCUCCUCGGGGGCCUUGGUGACGGCGCGUCCGCUGGACCGCGAGCGUGUCGGCGGCUACACCCUGGUGGUCGCGGCGCAGGACGGCGGCAACCCGCCGCUCUCUGACACCACCAAUGUUGAGCUGGAAAUCGCCGACGUGAACGACAACACCCCAGUCUUCCCAACGGCGGGCUACACGAGCACCGUCAGCGAGGAUGCCCUGGUAGGCACCAGCGUGGCGCACGUGUCCGCGCUCGACGCCGACCUCGGCCUCAACGGGCAGAUCCGCUACACGUUUCUCGGCGGGAAUGAUGGCGGCGGCGCCUUCGGCAUUGACCCCACCUCCGGGAUAGUUCGCACCAACCGCGCACUGGACCGGGAGACGGUGGCCGCGUACCACCUGGUGGCAUUCGCUGUGGACCGAGGCUCCCCGUCGCUGUCGGCGUCUGUCUCGGUCGUGGUCUAUGUGGAGGACGUCAACGACAGUCCACCGCGGUUCUCGGCCGACCGCAUCCGGCUCUUCGUGCCCGAGAACAGCCCCGUGGGCUCGGUGGCAGGCGAGGUGCAGGCGCAUGACCCGGACGAGGGACCCAACGCCGUGGUGCAGUACGCCAUCGUGGGCGGCCCCGACGCGGACGCCUUCUCGCUGGUGGCACGCCCGGGGGAGGCCGCCGAGAUCGUGACGCGCACCGAGCUCGACUACGAGUCCCGCCGCAAGAAGUAUGUGCUGGUGGUGCGGGCGUCCUCGCCGCCCCUGCGCAACGACGUGGAGGUGGAGGUCUGGGUGACCGACGUCAACGACAACGCCCCCGUGCUCAAGGACUUCCGCAUCGUGUUCAACAACUACCAGCACCACUUCCCGGUGGGGCCGAUCGGCAGGGUGCCCGCCUGGGACGCGGACGUGGCAGACCAGCUGCGCUACCGCUUUGUGUCGGGCAACAACGCCCACCUGCUCGUGCUCAACGAGACCUCGGGCGACGUCCGGCUCAGCCCCAGCCUCGACUCCAACAUACACAUCAACGCAGACAUGGAGGUCAGCGUCUUCGACGGCAUCAACGAGGUGUCAGCCAUGUGCCACCUGUCGGUGCGCCUGGUCUCGGAGGCAAUGCUCUUCAACAGUGUCACGGUUCGCCUCGGAGGGAUCACCAAGGAGCAGUUCCUGUCUCCGCUGUACGACCAGUUUGUCAGCGGCUUGGCAGCCAUCAUCCCUUGCGCCAAAGAGAACGUCUUCAUCUUCAGCAUCCAGGAUGACACGGACGUGGACAGCACGGUGCUCAACGUGAGCUUCUCCGCCUCGAGGGGCCGGGAUGAGGACUACCUGGCCCCCCAGUACCUGCAGGAGCGGGUCUACCUCAGCAGGGCUGUCCUGGCCAGGCUUACCAACGUCCACGUGCUGCCAUUUGACGACAACCUGUGUGUGCGGGAGCCCUGCAUCAACUUCGAGGAGUGCCUGUCCGUGCUCAAGUUCGGCAACGCCUCGACAUUUGUGGCCUCGGAGAGUGUGCUCUUCCGCCCCAUCUACCCCGUCAACACCUUCGCCUGCCGCUGCCCAGACGGAUUCACGGGCAUGAAGAGGAAGUAUGACUGUGACACGGAGAUCAACCUGUGCUACUCGAACCCCUGUGGUGUCAACGGAACCUGUGUGCAGAGGGAGUCCGGCUACAGCUGCAUCUGCGCUGAGGGCUUUACAGGCCCCCGGUGCGAUGCCCGCGUGCCCAACUGCAAAGGCCCCGGACUGUGCCCCGAGUGCGGGGAGGAUCCCCUGUGGAGCGACCCCCAGUGCCGGCUAAGGGCACGCAGCUUCUCCAGGGGCUCCUAUCUCACCUUCCCAGCCCUGAGGCAGAGGCACCGGUUCACACUUUCCCUCAGCUUUGCGACGCUGCGUCCGGACGGCCUGCUGCUGUACAACGGGCGCUACAACGACAUGCACGACUUCGUGGCCCUGGAGCUGGUGGAGGGCUCCCUGGUGUUCUCCUUCUCUACGGGGGUGCAGACCAGCCGGGUGUCUGUGUCCGCCCGGGGGGGCCUCCACGACGGCCAUUGGCACCGGCUGGACGUGCAGUACCACAACAGGACGGUGCUCCUCUCGGUGGACGGCUGCGACCCCGUGCUGGCCGACCGGCUCAGGAACCGCCCGGGAGGCUACCAGUGCGCCAACAGCACCACCCACCACCUGGAGCACAGGUGCUCGGACGCGAUGCAGACCUGCUACCGGUUCCUGGACCUGACCGGACCACUCCAGCUCGGUGGACUGCCAGACCUUCCAACCCACUUCCCGGUGUCUCAGAUGCACUUUGACGGCUGCAUCCGGGACCUCCACGUGGAUCAGCAGCUGGUGGACCUCAACAAGUUUGUGGCCAACAACGGCAGCACGGCAGGUUGCCACGAGAAGCGGGGCUUCUGCCAGACCAGGCCCUGCCAGAACGGGGGCACCUGCUCCGAGGGGUGGAACAGCUUCCUCUGCCAGUGCCCCUUGGGCUUCGGGGGGCGUGACUGCAGUGAGGGGGUGGAGCCCGUACGUCGCUUCGACGGGGACGGCUACCUGGUGUUCAACCCCCUGCUGCGCCCCAUCCAGUUCCCCUGGUCCUUGGGGCUCACCUUUCGCACGAGGACUCCUGCGGGACUCUUGCUACAUCUGCUCGUCGGUCAGGGCUCCCACACUUCCUUGCAGGUUGACGGCGGGCACCUGAGGUACGACGUGGACGGGGAGAGCGUGCUGCUGUCGGACGUGCGAGUGGACGACGGCCGCUGGCACCAGGUGGCGGUCAAGUGGAUGGUUGGAGACGUUUGGCUCAGCCUGGACCACGGACAGCAUACGGUGUCCCAGCAGUUUGCAGCAGCCAUCCAGGGUCUGUACGUGGGCAAGGUGUCCCUGGGUGGAGUCGAGGACGGAGAGGCCAACUUCAACGGCUGCAUCCAGGAUGUGCGCAUCGGCACGAGCAAGGAGGCCUGGUUGCGACCUGUGGUGGAGCACAACGUGCGGGACGGCUGCCAUGCCCCGGACCCCUGCCUGUCCGGGCCCUGUCCCGAGCACAGCGUCUGCACAGACGCCUGGGAGCAGCACCAGUGCAAGUGCGACCCCGGCUACGUGGGGUCCGAGUGCGUGCCGACCUGCAGCCUGUCCCCCUGCGAGUCCGGACAGUGUGUGGCGUCCCCCUCCAUGCCAGGGGGCUUCGAGUGCGUCUGCGAGCCCAGCCGCUGGGGCCGCUACUGCGGGGAGGCCAGCAGCCAGCCCUGCCCCUUCAACUGGUGGGGGACCCCCGUGUGCGGCCCCUGCCACUGCCCCGUGCACAGGGGCUACCACGCGGACUGCAACAAGACCACUGGGGAGUGCUUCUGCCAGGAGAACCACUACCAGCCGGAGGGCAGCGACGUCUGUUACCCGUGCGACUGCUACGCCAAUGGCUCCUACAGCAACCGCUGCCACCCAGUCACCGGCCAGUGCCGCUGCAGGCCCGGCGUCAUCGGGCGCCAAUGCGACGCCUGCUCCAACCGCUUUGCGGAGGUUACCCUCAGGGGCUGCGAAGUGAUUUACGACGGCUGCCCCCGAUCUAUGAGCGAGCGCGUCUGGUGGGAGCGUGCCCUCUUCAACCAGCAGGUUUCGCGGAGCUGCCCCAAGGGAGCCCAGGGUAAGGCGACGCGUCUGUGCGACCAGGAGAGCGGCUGGCUGGAGCCGGACACCUUCGGCUGCGUGUCCGAGGCCUUCGCCCCGCUGUCGGAGCAGCUGCGCGUGCUGGAGCGGGACAAGCUGCCGCUGAACACCUUCAGCGCCGUCCGCGUCGCCCGGCAGCUGCGGGCAGCCACCAACGCUAGCGAGGGCGCCCUGUACGGCACGGACGUGCUGCUGGCCUCGCGCCUGUUGCACCAUGUGCUCUCCCACGAGAACCACCUGUCGGGCCUGAACCUGACCCACCGACAGGACCGGGACUUUCUGCGCCACCUGGUGCAGGCGGCGAGCGCCGUGCUGGACGGACGCUACGCCGCCCUCUGGGGGCGCGUGGCAUCCCUCACUGGCCAGGGGCCCCCCCACCUGCUCAAGAUGUUCGAAAAGUACGCCCACACCCUGGCCUCCAGCCAGAGGGACACCUUCACGGACCCCUUCGAGCUGGCCGCACCAAACAUGGUGCUGGGCAUGGACACGGUGUCCCGGUCGGACGUGGGCGGCCCCUUUCUGGAGCAGACGCCCGAGGGCCCCUCGGUGCUGCUCCCCAAGUACAACAACUACGUGCUGCCCAAGGAGGGGCCCAGCAUGCCCUCCUUCUCCCUCUCCCUGGCCGCCCUCGGCCUGGACUCCGGGCCCGAGUCGCUGCCUCGGAGCGUGGGUGCCAAAGCGGUGGUGGUGUACGCUUUCUACCCGAACCUGCAGGGGCUCUUCCCCACCUCCUACGACUCCAACGUCAGGCAGCGCUUUGGGGUGGAGCUCUCCCUGGGGGGCCCUGUGAGCACACUGGUGGUGCAGCCCGCCGACGCCAGCAGCCCCGUGGGGACCCUCCGGGUGCGCCUGCGCUUCCCCAGGGACGUCGGGGACCAGCCUCAGUGCGUCUUCUGGAUGUUCUCCUCCAGUGGCCGUGGCAAGUGGUCCACCCGUGGCUGCAAGCUGGAAGCAGUGGACGCUGGGCACAUCAACUGCUCCUGCGACCACCUGAGCAGCUUCGCCGUCCUCACAGACAUUGUGAGCCGAGAGCACCUGGCCGAGGUAACCCCUCUGGAGGGCGCCCUGACUUGGUGCGGCCUGGUGUGCUCCCUGGGCGCCCUGCUGCUCACCUGGCUGGUGCUGAGCUUGCUGAGGGGCCAGGGCACCAACUCCCUGGCCAUCCACCGGAACUUGGUGGCCUGCCUGUGGACCUCCUUGCUUCUCUUUCUCCUGGGACUCAAGCUCAGGCGUACCCUGUUACAUCACGAGUUCCCGUGCAAGCUGCUGGCGAUUUCCCUGCACUACGGCUUCCUGUGCGUCUUCUCGUGGUUGUGGCUGGACGCGGUGCACCUGUACCGCAUGCUGACGGAGAUGAAGGACGUCAACCACGGCCACAUGCGCUUCUACUACGCCCUCGGAUACGGGGCCCCCGCCGUCGUCGUGGGCCUGGCCGUGGGCGUGCGGGCCGACCACUACGCCACCCACAACUUCUGCUGGCUCUCCAUGUACGAGAGCAUCGUGUGGAGCAUGGUGGGACCCAUCUGCGUGAUGGUGCUGGCCACCCUGGUCACGUUCAGCCUGUCCAUCCGGGCGAGCGUUCAGAUCAAGGACACUGUCAUGGACUUCGGAAACCUCAGGGUGCUGCUGUGGGUGAGUGUGCUGCUGCUGCCCCUGGUGGGGGGCUGCUGGACCCUGGCCCUGCUCUCUGUGGGGGACGAGCCCCUGGCCCUGAGGCUGGCCUUCCCCCCGCUGUGCUGCCUCACGGGUCUCUACGUUUUCCUGGGCUACUGCAUACUCAACAAAAGGGUGCGGCAGCACCUGUGCUACCUGUGGGCCCGGCUGCGGGGGAAGAAGGUGCCCUACGACGAGAGCCUCAGCGGCACAAGGGCCUCCAUGAUCUCCCGCUCCGCCCUGGCCUACCACAACUCGUCAUUUGACGUGCUGCACCGCAACGUGGGCAUCUCAACCUCCUCCACGACGAGCCGCUCCACCGCCAAGACCUCCAGCAGCCCCUGGAACAGCAACGGCAGGCUACCCCGCAGGAGGACCCACGUCCGGGACGACCCGGACACCGGGGAGGCAACGCGGAAGCGCCGAACCACGUCGGACUCAGACUCCGAGAUGUCGCUGGACCACGCGUCGCUGGACCUGGCGUCUAGCCACAGCUCGGACGAGGAGGAGGCCAAGCCCGCCUGGAGGGGGGACGUGCCCGGAUUGGCCCCUGUCCGCGAAGAAGACGUGCAGCAGGCUCCCCCGGGGUCCCCGCCGCGGCGCGAGCGUCCCCACCUGGGCCCCAGCCUGUGGGACUGCGGCCUGCCCCCGCAGCUGGGCUCCCUGCCCUGCGCCCCUCCUCCCACGACGUCCCCGAGCGGGGCCUGGCCCCGAGAGGGGGACCUGCGCAACAACCUGGACCAGCCCACGCCGGGCAAGGAAGCCGUCUGCCACAAGCCCAACAUGCUGGCCGCGUCGGACUCCGAGGACAGCAACGAGACGUCCGUCUAGGGCAGACUCCUGUACAUAGCGCCGUCCCGGUGGAGAGAGAGCGUCAGCGCCUGCGCCUGGGCCGGCUGCGGUCCUUGGGGGGCCUGCGGCGGGGCUGCAGCUGCUGCUCCACCAGGUCUGCGAGCUGCCCCUGCUCGGCCAGCAUCGACAGGAACGUGCAGAUGAACUGGUCGUAGUUGUGCGUGCGCCGGCAGUCAUCCACCUGCACACACACGCACUUCAGUGUCGCCACACUGGCCGCCAAGCAACGAAACAGCUUCACGCGCGAGAACAAGUUGCUUAGAAAGGACGCAAACGGCGCUACGGACAAGGACGAGUACAAGAGGUGAACGUCUUACCACAAAGGCUGAUUCACACAUUCCCUUCAGCGCUGAGGUAACAGAAAGUCACUGCUGUAUCAGUGGCAUUAUUGUCAGUGCUGCGUUGUGUAUGCAAAUAAGAAGAGUUCCGUGCAUCAGAGUGCCGAUAGAGUGCAAAGCAUUCACACAUGCACCACUUAGUGCUGCGGUGCAUGUGUGAGUAGGCCUCAAGUGUGAGCGCAACCAAUUCUACGGGUCGACGGGGCCAAUUGGAGGCGCCAAAAGUGCCACAUUUGUCGUUUUUCUGCGCGUCUGCAGUCACCGGUUGAGCAAAUCAAAUACUGUGUGCACCGCGACCUUGCAAUUUUACUUGCGUCUGUUUUUAUACAUCCUCAUGCCUAUGGCUGAGCUUUGAUGAAACAAAGUUUAGCGACUGAUGUCCACUUCUACUCGUUUUGGUCCGUAGCGCUAUUUGAGCCUUUGCUACAUUCCCCCAACUGGCCCAACAGUUCAUUUUGAAGCAGUGUUGAUGCAGGAUGAAAUAUUUGAAAUAAAUGUUUGUCAACAGUA